GACCAUCCCUGCCUUUGUGCUCUGAGCUUCCACCUACCACCCGUUACCUAUAGACCCCCCGAUCUCUGUUUCUGACCCUCGACCGGGAUCAAGGAGGCUCUUCUGAUCUACAGCAGCACCACCAUCAUCAUGGCCCCCAAGAAGGUAGAAGCCAAGAAGCCGGAGCCCAAGAAGCCGGAGCCUAAAAAGGAGGCGGCCCCGGCUCCUGCCGCCACCAAACCGGCGCCCGUGGUGGAGCCGGAGCCUCCCAAAGAGCCCGAGUUCGACCCGAAGAGCAUCACGCUGGAAUACAGCGCCGACCAGAUCGAGGAAUUCAAAGAGGCGUUCCAGCUUUUCGACCGUACGCCCAAAGGCGAGAUGAAGAUCACCUUCGCUCAAUGCGGCGACGUCAUGAGAGCCCUCGGACAGAACCCUACCAACGCAGACGUCCUGAAGGUUCUGGGGAAACCUCGACCUGAAGAGAUGAGCUCCAAGCUGGUGGACUUCGAGACCUUCUUACCCAUGCUCCAACACAUCUCCCGAUCCAAAGAUCAGGGCAACUUCGAGGACUUUGUUGAAGGUCUUCGGGUCUUCGACAAGGAAGGCAAUGGAACCAUCAUGGGGGCGGAGUUGAGGCAUGUUCUGGCGACUCUCGGAGAAAGGAUGACCGAGGAUGAGGUGGACCGACUCAUGGCAGGACAAGAGGACGCCAACGGAUGCAUCAACUACUCAUCAUUCGUAAAGCACAUCCUGUCUGGUUGAGUCUGGUUGAGAAAGUGGUGGAAUUGGUGUCAGUUUGAGCCAUUGAGUCUCAAAGAAGUUCUAAACAAGCUCUGAAUCCUAUCUAAAAGAAAGAGAAAUGGAUUUUUUUAUGUAUUAGGGAUCUGAAAGACUUGGGUUCAGAAUAUGUCCAACUAAAACUCACCUCAAAUCUCAUUGGUCAUCUCCUCAUCACUAAUUCCACCAAAUUCCAUCACCCCAACUUCUGUCCAUCUGAUCUAAUCAAUUGUGGAUGUGAUUCAACGACUGAGACUUUAAAACGUCUUAGGUGACUUUUUUUUGGAACGGACAGACGUACAAUGAACUGUUUUAAUGUGAUUUUUUGACGUAUGGUCAUGUGGUCAUUGGGUUUUGUGGUGUUGUGUCCAUACUUUCAACAUAACUCAUAAUCUGCAUGGAAUUCUGACAGUUUUCAUCAGAUAUCCGUCAAUUUCCAUCAAGAAAAGCAAGAAAAGACUUGAGAAAAUGUGACAUUUUUUGGUCUGUCAACAAAAGCGACAAUAAAAUAAAUAAAUAAAUAAAUAAACAAACAGUCAAACAAACAAUGAA